UACGGUUUGAAUAGAUUUGAUGACUUACUAUUACAGUAAAAACGAACGAGUAGGUGUGUCCAUGCUGUCUGGUAGUGAAAGUGUUAAUAGCACUUCUUUCUUUUCUUUUCUUAAGAAAUCGUAAAAGCUUCCAAAGUUUAUUUUUAACAUAAAGUGGACUUUUGCAUCUUAUAAACCCUGUGACUUCUUCACCAGACUGCGUGAUCCAGGACUUGGGCAGUGCGGGACUUGCGCGCACUCUGGUCGCGGGAGCGAUGCGCGCGCUGCGGGCUCCGGUUCUAGUAAUGGGGCUCGUCAUGAUUAUCUGCACUACUGCACAAAGCGACGCCAGCGUGAACAAGGUCGAGAAAACGUUCAGACGGAUAAUGGACAUCAUGAGACUGGCGGAAAACAGCGUUGACGACGCGAGCGCGCAAAAGAAAGAGAGCGCGCCUAAGGACACUCAUCGUCUCAAAACGGAAACCGGGGAAACUAUUUUAAAAAUCUUUCCCAGAGACCUCCGAAACAAAGAGAAGGUUAUCAAAAUCUUAACAGGUCCUCUUUAUUUCAGUCCAAAAUGCAGGAAGUACGUCUACAGGCUUUAUCAUAACACCAGAGACUGCACCAUCCCUGCAUACUACAGAAGGUGUGCAAGACUCUUGGUGCGACUGGCAGAGAGUCCGAGAUGUCAAGAGGGUUAACUGUACCAGCAGGUUGAAGCCAAACCAGAAUGACCCAAGUAAAAAAAAAAAACAGCAGUCAAAGUGCCUUUGGACAAGAGAAGAGAAUUUAAACCAACACGCAACAUUCCACAUAAUCAGCACAACGCGUCCAGAACACUGCUCUGCCUCUCUGGAGAAUAGAUGUGGGAAAGUAUUGACAGAGCAGUAAACGGACACGGAAUAAUGGGAUGCACUUGCCCAAGGAUGGUCUGAUGGACUCAACAUAGAGCCAAUGUUAAAACACAGGACGACAGAGAAACAAAACAGAAAACGCUUUUGGCGUAGUGCGUUCUGAAUCUGUCUGCCAAAAAAAAAAUCAUUUCAUUAUGAAAAAGGGAUUGCCAUGUUUUGAUAUCAGAUUAUCGAGACCCGUCAGUCAGUGCUGAUGUUUUGUUCGACAUGCCUUGAUGGGGUUACAAUUCAGAGCCGUGAUGACAAAUCGAGUUAGUUCGCUGCAACGAGAGAGCUUUGCUUUUCUCUGAGCUCGAACUGAAAAUCAGUUAAUUGCAUGAAAGUUUCCUUUUGCUUUUGUUUGCCAGCAGACAGGUAGAUUUUUGCAGUAUAUCUGUGACCAAAAGCUUUUUGUUUUCGUGUGAGACUAUGAGUGUGCGACCGUGGAAUAUAUUCAGUAUAUUUUGAUAUGUAAAUGUUGUACAAAUGAGACUUUAAAAUCCCUAUAACAAACAUAAGCGUCUGACGUAUGAUGGGAUAUGUAUAUUUAAAAGAAAAUAUAUUUAAAUAAAUUAUGAUUGUUUAAGCACUGUGGUCUUUAAUGUGGUAAAAGACACCAAAGAAUGUAAAGGUUAAUCUUCUGCAGCCUAAAACAGUCUCGAUCUAGUUUAACAGCUUAUCUUGGCAUCAGAAAAUAUAUAUAUUUUUAAGGAAGUUCAAGAUCUCUCAUCACUCCUGGUGGAUGCUCUGGAUGGUUCAGAGAUAUUGAUUUUUUUUGUGACCACACCAAAGUUAACAGUCAACUUCUGUUAAUAAAUAAACAUCUUAGUAAUGGGGGAAAAAUCUAAAGAUAUUCCCAAAAGAUGAAGUGGAUGAAUGAGAGGAAAGGGAAAGUAAUCAGAACUGGAACAACAACAGUCAUAUUCAAAGAAAUUAG